GUUUAAGGUCCUAACACAUAAACAAAUGUUUUGCGAGAUUGAUGACGAGGAAGGAUUUGUAUCAAUAGACUUGGAAGAUGAAUUUGAAGAAUGUGAUAUUUGUCACCAGGUUACCGAUGAGAAAAUUGUUAAUGUUAUUUUAAGUGAUGAGUUUACGCAAUUUGAAGGUUCCCAUGAAAAACACUGCGGCACACUAACAAAAGCCCAUCAGAUAUGUUUAAACAAAUGGGCAGAUAUAAUUCAAAGGAAUUUAGACUACUCCAAAAGAAAUAACAGUCCUAAUAUAAGAGAAAGAACAAUUUUGCAUCAAAAGACAGAGAAUCAUAUUAAGAAUGAGAAUCUAAUUGAACCAAACACUUUUAUGGAGCAUGUUAAUGUUGAUGAUGUCUUUGAAUCGUCUCAAGAUUUACGUGAAGUAUCUUACAAACCUAAAAGUAAGGAGCAACUGUCAGCUAUGGGUAGCGCUGAUUUGAAAGACUUGCUGUCGCAGUUGGAUAAAAUAGCUACUGAAACAUCCUACACGCUGGUGAAAGAGCUUCAAAUUCGUGACAGGUUACAUCAAGAAAUAUCCGGACAAAAAUCACUCAUAGCGCAGCUUGUAAAAAUGGAGAAAAAAGACAUGACUGCAGUGUCUUCGAAAUGUCAUACGACAACGUAGCAUCUGUACCAUUUACCUCAACGGAAUGAAUUUUAAAAAUGAAAAAAACAACAUUUACAGCAGUCAGCAGUUCAGGAUUUCACGCAAAAACGCGAUGUAAGUCAAGUGCGUUCACGAAAUAUUGCACUGCAUACCAUUCUAUACCACGCGAAUAAUCUCUGUUCAAACAUUCUCAUACCAAGAUACGCCAUACAACUACAAAGAAUGUGGAUGGAGCGUGUAUUUUUUUUGUGAAAAAUGAAUCAUGAAAAUAUGGUUGAGUAUAAAAUUAUUUUUAACAUUUGGCUUUUCAUCAAAUUCUUAAUUAGUAAGGUUUUUGGAAAUAUCGAAUCGCACUGUAAGGUUGUUAUUAUCAAGAAGUCAUGGAGACGAAGUUGUUUAAUACGUCAUUGGUGUUUUUUAUUUGUAAAUAUUACAUUUUAUGAAAGUUUUUAUAUUUUGCAAUGUUUGUUAUUGCAGACGUUAUAUUGAAAAGUUUCUAAAUCCGUUUCUCAAACAAGGAUUAGUCCAAAUUUACUUUGUUAUAAAGGUUGUGUUACACCAGAGGUUUAUUUUGUUGUUUUUAAACGCAAGGGUGGCAGGUGGGUGGUGGUGUGGUGCUUUUUAUGUUAUAUUUUAGGUAAUUUAAAGUGUUAGUCGUGGAUUUCUAGUAA